UUCCGCAGAUUAUUUAUCUGGGAUAGAAUAGAUAAAUUUAUAAUUAAUAUUUUAUAUAACGUAAGUCAUAACAAUAAGAUACUUUUUUUCUUAACGCUGUUAUAUGUAAAUGAUUAAUCACAGUAGUAUUUAACUUAUGUAAUUUGUAUAAUUAUUUUUGUAGUUAAUUUUUUACUUGCCUACUGUAACUUAAAAUUUUAAAUUAAAAAUGCCUCCACGGGAAAGGCAUUUAUGGAGAAUAGUGUUUAAUAACUUUGUAAAAUCUUUAAUGCCUAAAGCCGCAGAAAAACCUAUUGGUUCUGAUGCACAAGGAAAUAAAUAUUAUGAAAUACCAGCUGAUCCUCAAGGUGGUCGUCGUUUACCGAGGAGGUGGUUUGUUCCUGUAGACGAGGAAACUGGUGUACCAACGCCAGAAUGGUCACAGUGGUUAAGAGGACGACGACUAGAACCACCAACUAAAGAAGAAAUAGCUUGUAAUGAAGCAAUUGCUGAAAUGAAAAAAGUUAAUGCACAGAUGAUUGCUGAUAAAUUUAGUAUCCCGGUAUCUGAAGGUAACUCUAUAAAAGAUAAAGUAAAUGCAAAAGGAUUUCCUGACAUGUCAGACAAAUUUGAAAGACAACCAGGUCAAUAUACAAAUAAUCAAAAAUAGUCUUUGGACAUUUUAACUUAACUAAUAGUUUUGUUUAUGAAUUAUACCUAUGAUUUUACUUGUAAAUAUGUAUAAUAAAAACAUAUUUGUUAAUAA